GGGGGGGGGGGGGUUAUGCUUUAUACUUGACGGAGAGAGGGAGGCUGUGGCAGAGUCAAUGGAGGGAGAGGAAGAGGGAGGGAUAAGGCUAAGCAAGAGAUUGGGAUCAGGGGAGGUGGAUUACAAGACGAAGUCAGGCACGGCGUGGAGCCAUUCGUUUCUGAAUCAGAAGCCAUGGCAUCCUCUCUCUUACCCCAACCAACGCCGCAAGUGGAUCGCCGAACAAACCCACGCCCAGCGCGAGCGCCGAGCAGAAGAAGUCUCCCGCGAAUAUAAGCAAGAGCAGGAUUUCUUCCGCCAGACAGCCCUAAUUUCCAAGAGAGAGAAGGAAAAGGUAGAGAUGAUGCAAGCAGUAAGUUUUAUGUAUGUCCGCCCUCCCGGGUAUAAUCCUGAGAGUGCCAAAGAGGCAGAGAUUGCAGAUGAGAGAAAAAAUCUACCAUCUUCUACAGAUGGGACGUCUACUGCAACGCCACUGCCAGAAUCAGGACCUAGUAGCAGUAGGACAGAAGAGAAAAAGAAACCAAGGCCCAAAGAUGUUUUUGGCCGCGCUUUACCAACUGAAGAAGAAUUUGAGGUCCUUAAAAAUGCUCCUCGGCUGGAGACGGGUGUGGCUGGAAGGGCGAAGCCAUUUGGAGUUGAAGUACGGAAUGUGAAGUGUCUAAGAUGUGGAAAUUUUGGUCACCAGAGUGGAGAUCGGGAAUGUCCGUUAAAGGAUGCUAUAAUGCCCAAUGAAGAGAAUCGGUUGAAAAGAGACGAUCCCCUAAAUGCUAUCAUUGCUCAAGUGGAUCCUAGUGAGCCUCUGAAAUGGGAGCUGAAGCAAAGACCAGGUAUCAGUCCACCACGUGGAGGGUUUAAACCUGAUGAUCCCAAUCAGCAAAUUGUCGCUGAGGACAUAUUUGAUGAGUAUGGAGGGUUCCUCACUGGGGGUGUCAUCCCCGAGUUGUUUACAAACUUCUCCUCAAGCAAACCCGGGAAGAAAUCCAGAACAAAGAAAAAGUUGAAAAAGCAUUCACAUUCGAGAAAGAGAGAGUUGAAGUCUUCUGAAGAAGAUGAGUUAUCUGCUCCUUUGAGUGAUGAGAAAAGGAGGUCAUUUAAGGAUCGAACACAAAAGGAGAAGAAACAGAACAGGAAGAAUUAUUCUGAAUCUUCAUCAUCUGACGAACCAGGACUUGAGAGGCAUCACAGUAGAGUCAGACAGAGACAUUAUCAUUCAGCUAAGGAUUCCAAGUCUGACCGGCAUCAUAAACAGAACUGCGACAAGAAUUCGCAUUUAGCAAAACAUUUUGACUCUGAUUGCCAAAAAGGUAAAAAGAGCAGACGAAAGCAGUCUUAUUCGUCUGAAUCUGAAGAUUCUGACUCUAAUGGGCGUCAUGGUACUCAGAAAAACAAACAAAAGCAAUCUUAUUCAUCCGAAGAUUCCCACUCUAACAGGCAUCAUGGAAGUACAAGGAGCAGACAGAGGCAUAAUUAUUCACAUCAAUCCGAUUAUUCUGAACUUGAUGGGCGUCAUAGAACCGAACACCACCAUCCCCGUCAUCAUCAUGACCGCUAUCAUCGAUUUGACUCAUUUUCUAAAUGAUAUCGUCCACAGGUUGCUUCUGUUUUCUGUUCUUGGAGCUGUAGAGUAGUGAACCAAAAAAAGUAGAAACUAAUGGCAGUCUCAUGCUUUUACGUCUGUCUUUAUGACAAAAGCCAAUCCGAUGCCUCUCCUUGGUUACCCAAGACAUUGUAUCUGUGAUCUCCCAAGGGAUUGCAAGUUUCAUGUAGAUGAUGACAGUUUGUACUGCUAAUCCUUCUGUACUUGUCAAUGGUCAUUGUUGUCCAGUUUCUAGCAUGGAUCUUUUUUGAAGCCAUUGAUUUUUUCUCUUUGUUUUUCAUGUAAUAUAUGUGUCAGUGUGGCGCAUCUAUUACUCAAUAAAAAUAGUGAACACAGUUUCUUAUAAUAUUAUCAUAUUACUGUUGUUAAAAA